AUGUCCGCAGGUUCUACGGAACAGUUGGCUGUUAAAGAUUGUCCAACAUGUCAAAAAAGACGUAUCAAGUGUGAUCGGGGCCUACCGAGCUGCCGUAAAUGCGGAAAGCGCAAUUUGGAAUGCCCAGGCUACGGCCUACAGCUCAAAUGGGUCCAUGGCGUCGCCAGCCGCGGUAGUCUGCGGGGCAGAGCAUUUCCCUCUCUCGAUGCUCCGAUCAGAGUAUCAAACUCGCCUCAUUCGUCAGAGAGCUUAAUAGAGACCCGUACUAGCGGCAGCGGCAUAUCUGUUCUGGAUCGGUACAGCCAUUUCACGACAUAUUCCUCCCCAUCGGGGCCAUCCCCCAUUUCGGACCUUUGCUUAUCGCAAGCUCGGCCACUACAUGUUUCACGGUUGCUGUCUUGGUUCAACGACCGAGUCGCCCAUCGACUUGCAUGGGUUCCGCAGCAGAAUGCGUGGCGUCAGAUGAUUCUGCCAAUGGCCGAGAGCUCCGAAACAGUCCUUUCUUCCAUCCUUGCUAUUGCCGCCCAUGAUCUUGCAUCGGAGUACCCUCAAAAUGACCUGGGGCAUAGCACAUUCCAGCAGAUGUCGAAAAGCUAUCAAAACAAAACCCUCGCUCUUUUGGCUCAAGAGUUGAACAGCCUUUCUACAUCUUCCACAUCGGCGUUGGAAGCGAGCACAACAUCAGCCUACACCCUUGCAUCUGUGAUUCUUCUCUGCAAUAAUGAGUUUAUGAAACCACAAGGCGCCGGGUGGCGGGUUCAUCUCUCCGCUGCGAGAGAGAUCAUCUUGGCAGCACAGAACCGACCGCGCCGACACCACCAGCUUGCCUCCAUCGAAGAAUUUCUCAUGUUAGAAUUUUAUGAGGCUUCGGUGUGGGCUGAUUUGACGACCUUCGAUAACUACAAUAUGGCGAUUAAGACUCCUCCCGGUGGCGGCAAGAACGCGGUCUUUACCGAUUUUAUUCAGAUCAUUGACCAGAUCACCCGUCUUGAGCGUCUGAGAUUUUGUUCGGGGACGGUCGAGCGGGCUUCAUCAUGCGGCCCGAUGCAAGACAUCCAGUCGCAGAUUGAUUCAGCUAGAAACAGCAUGAUGCGUCUCAGUAGAUCCAUUCACUUUUCCUCUGAAGCUGAUCAACACGGCUUUGAACUGGUCGUGUGGAUGUACUACCAUGCAACUCUCAUUUACAGCCAUCAGGCUUUAGCGAAGGAUGGUCCUGCGGGUGAUCAUGUGCGCAAGUCUCGGGAUGAAAUCCUUCACUAUGUACAGUUUCUUUCCGAGACCCGAGAUGGCAUGUUCGCCCAGGACCUUGUCUGGCCACUUUUCAUGGCGGGAACUGAACUCCGAGGAUAUCCUACCGGUCAACGAAUUAUUCAAGAAUGCUUCGGCAAUGUCAUGCGUAUCAGUCGCACUUUGGACAGAGCGCGGGUUCUCUCGUUUGUUGAAACCUGGUGGAAUGACCCUGGUACUCACAUUUCCUGGAUUGACAUGGCUCGAAAGCAAUCUCAACACUCGCACUGCGAUAUCCUCAUUGUAUGA